AAACGGAUGAGACCGAUCAUGGGAAGAGGAUCCGGGACCGGAGAAGUGGGGCUUGGUGGGCCAUCAAAUCGGCAUUGGUGGGCCCCGAAUGAGAUCGGCCGGGCGUCAACCGCUUCAUCUGAUUCCGCACCCUUCUGACGUGGACACAUCAGGAAUCAAGACCAAGUCAGAGACCCAAGCCUAGUAACUUAGGCUCUAUGUUUCAAAAUAUUCAAACUUCACAUUUGCCGGCUGGGGAAGAUGUCUGCUUCGCAUAGGCGAAUGGGACGCAGCCAAUCAUCAUCGCGUCGACGGGGGGAAACCUGCUGAGAAGUUGGAUCCCCCCAGUUGGGCACACUGCUCUGAGCUUUCUCCUAAAAUACAAACCAAACAGCCGCAUCAGCUCAUUCACACUACCGCAUGCCCAAGGUACUGUACAAUACAAUCAAGGGUUGUCUCAGAUGGAGUUCGCGACCCAGGUUCUCGAUGCCACUGAAACCGAGAGUAUCGAGUCCCAGCCAAGAUGCAAUGAAAGCGUGAAUGGGAUGACGGACAGCUUUCUCUGCAGCGGCUGUCGAUCCCUCAAUCUCCAUUCCGUGGUUAAGCUGAAGCUCGCUGGGCGAAAGUUGCCCAUCGAUACCCGGGCCAAAGGCAGGCUGAGACCAUAUACCUGGGACGUCGACUGGUGGCACGGCAUACGGGCAGAUUCACCAUGCCGGCUCUGUCAGAUCAUCGCGACCCACAACGGAGUAGACUGGGAUCCGAAGAUUGCCGCCCACUCCGCGCAGACCUUCUUCAAGAGCGAUGAUGUCGCAGACACUACGGUUCUCCAGCUUCCCUGCUAUCCCAUCACGUUGCUCAUUCCCGAGUGCGACUCCGACCAUCGCCAGCACGGAGGACGGCCACGCAUUGCCGCGCGGGCCAUCGAUAGCCACCGCGUUGACACUAGCUUGCUUCGCCAGUGGCUGCAUGAUUGCUUUCAAAACCACAAGCCUUCCUGUUCAGGGGCAUUUGCCGAUCACCUGGCCGGUCUGAAGGUCAUCGACUGCCAGACACGCAAGAUCGUCACCGUCCCACACCACCGCAGUUACGUCGCACUCAGCUAUAUCUGGGGUCAAACAGCAAGUGACGCCGUCACCCAACCACGCCAGCCAGACGAUCCCCUAUCCAGCAACGUACCACAGGUGGUUGAGGACGCCAUGAUUGUUGCAAGGGAAAUCGGGAUCCCAUACCUCUGGGUGGACCAGUAUUGCAUCAAUCAAGCCGACACCGUCGAGAAGCAUCACCUCAUCAGGCACAUGGAUAGGAUCUACAGUGGCGCGACACUCACUAUCGUCGCCGCCGCCGGCGACGAUGCCCGCUAUGGCCUCCCGGGCGUGUCAAGGGAUCGACGGCACCAACAAGCCUCCAUCGUGCUUGGCGGCCGCCGUCUUCUUGCCUUUCCAGAUGCCACUCAAGACGUGCGACGGUCAAAGUGGUCAACGCGAGCCUGGACCUAUCAGGAGGGCUUGCUUUCGAGACGGCGGCUGGUAUUCACCCAUUCCCAGGUCUACUUCCAAUGCACGAAGACAUACUGUUGGGAGUGGCUCUCCAUGCCGUCCAACAGCACCGGACGACAAGUCCCCUUAUACCGCGUCUUCCCCGAAGGUGUCAUCGGCCAGCACGCCGACGACAUUGUGGACAGGCUGCGUGAAUAUGCCCCGCGCCAGCUAACGUUCGACUCGGAUGCGCUCAACGCCGUUCUGGGCAUCUUUCAGCUAUACCAGGCCAGGCAGGUCUACCACCUCUGGGGCGUUCCGUUUCUCGCAGACAGCGCCCGCGGGAACGUGGAGAGGAAUUUUGCCAUGGCCUUGGGCUGGACUAGUGACCCAUCAGAGGCAGCGGAGCGUCGACCGGGAAUGCCUUCGUGGAGCUGGGCUGGCUGGAGGUAUGUCUCCAGCCUCGUCGUGCCCUGGGCCCCUAAGUACUGCUACUCCGUUGAGCCUCUGCCUCUUUCUGUGCGUGUCUUCCGGCGCAUGCCGCUUCCCGAGAAUGAGAUGUCUUUGGCCGAGUAUGUCGCUCACAUCGCCAACGGCGUCGAUUACACCAAUUUCUCCCAGUCACUCAGGGUCACCGGUGCAUCCUCUCGGUGUCGAAUACGCAGCCGCUCCGAGUUUGAGGUGGCUUUUCUCCCCAGGCAACUGAUGGGCGAGGGAACGGUGUCUACUGUGAACGUGAUGGCGGCCCGCGGCGCCGACUACUCUCUCCUCUUCCCGGAGCCGCUUGAUAUUCUCUACCUCGGGCAUGGGGGCAAUUCCAAGGCGGUUAUCUUCCGCUUCGUGAUUCUGCAGGAGAUGCUUGGCAGUAUACGAUAUACCAGGGCUGGGACGCUCACCAUACAUUAUGUACCUCGGCCAUUGAGGUGUGACCGUACGGGGCAGUCCGUCUACGGCGGUGCUGCUGCGCAGACCGGUGCGAACUCUCGCAUGGCGAGCUGGCUUGCGGCCGUCAACGAAGCAUUUCGGCAGACUUGGCAGGUCAAGAGCUUCACUGUAUCCUAG